AUGGAAACUAAAUCCAUACCUCAGCUUUGGCAUCAAAAUGGGAUGUGCCCCGAGGACACCAUUCCUAUUAGGAGGACCAAGAAGGAGGAUGUGCUGAGGGCUACCUCUGUCGAAAGAUAUGGAAAGAAGAGGCAUAGGCCAAUCCCAAAUCCCACUUCUGUACAUCCCACUUGGAGUAACACUGGACAUGAGUAUGCGAUUGGUUAUGUAAAUGCAACUACGUACAAUGGAGUACAGGCAACCAUAAAUGUGUGGAGCCCGAAAGUUCAAGAGCAAUCUGAGUUCAGUGGAUCUCAAAUCUGGAUUAUUGGGGGUCCUAUCCAACUGAUCGACACCAUCGAAGCUGGCUGGCAUGUUAUGCCAAGUCUGUAUGGAGAUGAUAAAACAAGACUAUUUGCUUCCUGGACUGGCACCAUAAAGAUGUAUGUCAGCAUGAGCUAUGGUUUGGUGGUGUUAUUGCCUAUGAUAAUUUCCUUAUGGUGCAUCGAGGCCAUGACACAGGCCAUGAUGCAGCAAUGGGAGCUUCAACAGCUCCUGAAGCAAUUGAAUAAACCUGCCGUCAAGAGUAUUAAGAGCCCGGACGGAGAUAUCAUAGAUUGUGUUCAUAUCUCUCAUCAGCCAGCCUUUGAUCAUCCUUUACUUAAAAACCACACUGUCCAGAUGAGGCCAAGUUUCUUCCCGUCAGGCCUAUACGAUGAGAAUGACGAAAGUAGCUCCAUACCUCAGCUUUGGCAUCAAAAUGGGAGGUGCCCGGAGGAUACCAUCCCUAUUAGGAGGACCAAAAAAGAUGAUGUGCUGAGAGCCAGCCCUAUCGAGAGAUAUGGGAAGAAGAGCCCGGGGACAAUCCCAAAUCCCAAUCCUUCAUAUUCGAAAGUGUCUGGCGAUGCACAUGAGCAUGCGGUUGUUUAUGCAAGGGGCGGUAAGUACUACGGAGCGAAGGCACAAAUAAAUGUGUGGAACCCGAUGGUGCAAGAGCGAAAGGAGUUCAGUCUAAGUCAGCUUUGGGUUAGUGCGGGUCCUGUAGAGCAACUCAAUACCGUCGAAGCUGGCUGGCAUGUUUGUCCAAGUCUGUAUGGAGACGAUAAAACAAGACUAUUUGCUUACUGGACUAGUGAUAGUUACCGAUCAACGGGCUGCUACAACCUAGGCUGCUCUGGAUUCAUUCAAGUCAACAGGGACAUAGCAUUAGGUGCUGUCAUCUACCCUAUUUCUAGCUAUGGUGGACGCGAAUAUGAAAUCACUUUAUUAAUCUGGAAGGAUCCAAUAUCAGGUAAUUGGUGGCUGCAGUAUGGGAAUCUAUCUCCAAUAGGCUACUGGCCUUCUUCGUUGUUCCGCGAUUUGUCAGAUAGUGCCUCCUUGAUAGAAUGGGGAGGGGAGGUUGUGAACCUAAAAUUAAAUGGUGGUCACACAUCCACAAAGAUGGGCAGUGGCCAUUUCCCAGGAGAAGGUUUCGGCAAAGCAAGCUACUUCAAAAACAUUCAAAUAGUUGACCAAUCCAACCAUCUUCAAGCCUUCCAAGGAAUUGACAAUAUCAUUACAAGACCCACUUGCUAUGAUUUGCGCCAUGCCGAUGAAGGUUACAUCUACUACGGGGGUCCCGGUAGAAAUCCCAAUUGUCCAUGA